AAAAAUUUGGACCCAUAGUGGUCUUCUGCUACCCAAUGCCGCCAAGAUAAUCUCUCCACUUACUUGCUACUGCUGACCGUCGCCUGGCCAUGAAUCAUCUGCGGAUAGAAUCAUCUCCAUCUCAACUUCAAUCAAGUAAAAUCGUCUUCUUCUUCUGUCAAAACUUCGAUGGGAAGGUCUUCUUUUACUUCCCAUGGAGCUACCACAUCCGCGAUUUUGAUUUGACCUUCACUGAAUCUCAGUUCUCGGAACUAUUACUAUGCAAUUAUCCACGACCCUCGAAUACCCACUUCCGUCGACCUCUCCAAAGUCCCUCCUUUUCAAUCCCAAGACCCAGAAUUUUGGUACACUACCGAACUUUCCUGUAAGAAACAGGGUUUGCACCCCGAAAAUGGCUUCUCUUCCUGGGUUCUCAGUGAGGUGCCGUGUGGCCGGCGGUGCAACGGAGAGCCAAAGUGAAUACCGCACAUUGGUAGAGUUCGUGGGUACGGCCGGGAUUGGUGUGGGAGAUGAUUUGGUCCUGCUGUUUGAUCACAUACAGUAUGCUUGCAAGAGGAUUGCUUCUCUUGUGGCUUCUCCUUUCAAUUCCAGCUUAGGAAAGCAAGCAAGUCUUGUUGGUGGGGUGGAUGGUGAAUCAGGCAGAGAUGCCCCAAAGCCUCUGGACAUUGUCUCUAAUGAAAUUAUCUUGUCAUCUUUAAGGAAUUCUGGAAAAGUUGCUGUCAUGGCUUCAGAAGAAGAUGAUGCUCCAGUUUGGAUAACUGAUGAUGGCCCAUUUGUUGUGGUAACGGAUCCCUUAGAUGGUUCUAGGAACAUUGACGCCUCCAUUCCCACAGGAACCAUUUUCGGCAUAUAUAAUCGGCUCGUGGAACUUGAUCAUUUACCUAUGGAUGAGAAGGCUCAGCUGAACUCACUGCAGAGUGGAACCAGGCUUGUAGCUUCUGCUUAUGUUCUCUAUUCUUCAGCCACGAUUCUUUGUGCUACCUUUGGUUCCGGAACACAUGCUUUUACUCUGGAUCAGUCUACAGGAGACUUCAUUCUAACUCAUCCAAACAUCAAAAUUCCUCCUAGAGGGCAAAUUUAUUCUGUAAAUGAUGCGAGAUAUUUUGAUUGGCCGAAUGGUUUAAGGCGGUAUAUUGACACUGUUCGGCAAGGGAAAGGAAGAUACCCCAAGAAAUAUUCAGCACGCUAUAUAUGCUCUCUGGUGGCUGAUUUUCAUCGCACUCUGCUUUAUGGUGGCGUGGCAAUGAAUCCUAGAGACCACCUGCGUUUGGUUUACGAGGCAAAUCCUUUAAGCUUUCUUGUAGAGCAGGCGGGUGGCAAGGGCUCUGACGGCAAAAGUAGGAUUCUUUCUAUCCAACCCGUGAAGUUGCAUCAAAGGUUGCCACUGUUUUUGGGCAGUCCGGAGGACAUUGAAGAAUUGGAGAGCUACGGAGAUGUUCAGCAAAAAGUAAAUCCUGGAUAUGAAGUAUAGGAACUCUACAAAAUUGUUGAUGUAACUGUCGUGAAGAUCCUGGUCGGCGAAAAUUUUCUGUGUAUGAGCUGCCUUCACUCUCAAUCCUUCUCCCUGAUCUUCCAGCAUCACAAGUCUGAUGGACUUGGCAACUGCAUCUCUGUGAAAUGAUCCAUCUUCAUUUCUGGGUACCUCAAACCCGACCCCUUUUUCCACUAACAGCUUCGCGUUAAGGCCCUGGUCAUCUACCAUGGGCAUCAAAAUCUGUGGAUGACCAAAUCCAAGUGACUCGAUGAUAGAACUCCACCCAGAAUGGUACAGACACCCUCCGAUAGCAGGAUGACCAAGAAUUGCCAAUUGUGGCACCCACCCUAUCGAAACCAUACUCCGCUUGGAAGUUCUCACCAGGAACCCAUCAGGAAGCAGUUCAGAGCUAUCAAACUCUAGUCCACCGGGCAUCCUGAGGAUCCAGAAGAAAGGCAUCUCGGAGAGCUCGAGCCCGUAUGCCAACUCGCGGAUUUCCUCCGGAGGCAUUUUGUAUUCUGUUCCAAAUCCCACAAACACGACGGACUUUCUAGCUUGUUUGUCCAACCAUUUGGAGAUAUGUGACCAAUUUGAGCUAGUUGCCUGAUCAGAUAUUUUGUGCU